AUGACAUCCAGAUUUGGUAAAACCUACAGCCGUAAGAGCGGCGAUGGAUCAUCAUCAUCCAAGUUUGACGAGGUCCUGUCCAACAAGAGAGCCACGCUCAGCACCAAAUGGGGCGAGACGACAUACAAGGCCAAGGUGAGCUCCAAGCGCCCGGGCCAGAAGAGUGAGGUGGCAGAGCAGCCCAAGAGGCCCAAACUCUCUGACGAGAGCUCUGAGGACCCCUUUGGCUUUGACAGCGAUGAGGAGUCCAAGACGGUCACCUCUCGCUUCCCACAGGCCAAGGCCUCCCCAGCCAAGCCGGCAGCAGCAGAGCCGCCUCAGGCAGGGAGGCCAGGCUUCUGCCUGGAGUCGAGGAGCAGCCAGCAGAGCAGCCUUGUUCCCAGUAGAACUACCUCUAGCAUGGGGAGUGACCGAAGCCAAUUGAGGGUCACAGAGGACACAGCCAGGUUCUUCAACACCACCACUACAACAGGUAGGAGGAGCCUCAUGUUGCAAAGUAGGACUACUACUAAUCCAUUGUAGAAUCUAAUCUUGGGCCAGAAGACCUUUGCUUCCAGGGGGUGUAAGGUUGAAGUGAUCUAUUGAUUUCCCUCUGUCUUGCAAUGUGGUGGACUCAUUUGUUAAGAUCAAAUGUCGUGUGCCAUGUCAGCCAACUUCAGUUAUAAUUAUUGAAACAGUUAUUUCCUGUAAUUGAUUUCAAGCAAAUUGAUUUUUAAGGUACCACAUAUUUUGAUGGUCCUUAGUGAUCCAAUAUAGUAAUCCAAUAUAGUAAAAGCUGAGUAGGAAAUAAUAAAUUAGGUAUGAUAGUGAGCUUACAAAAGGAAAUGCUAAAUUAUUAAAUUAGGAUGCACUUGCAAUUAGGCGUGUUAAUUUCAGACCAUAUGAUGUCAUCCACCAAUCUGAUUUAGACAGCAGAUUGUUAGCUGACCUUAUGAUUCAGAUGAGUAGUCAUUUCAAUUGAACAGCAAUUUACCACUUUGCAAACAUCGUUGUAAGCUUUUGACUUUGGAAAACUUUGUGUAGCCCAAAUCUUGGAACAGAAAAACAUCUAAUCUGGCAGUGUGUCUUUGGAGCGGGUUUCAACAGGCUGCCAGGAGUGAGUUUAGCUCACCCUCUGGACUAGAAUAAUGGGCACCAACUGUCAGCCUAGCAGGUGGCUCUUGUGGAUUACACCCAAAGCACUCGCUGGGGAGAUGCAAACCCAUCAGAAUUUACAGUCUGCAUUAUGUUGAUGCGCUUCUCUAAUAUGAAACCGGUCCACUUGACGGGUGCAGCCUCGUUUUAGGAGGCCAUCUCCUCUAUGGCAGGUGGUUCUGAUUGUAUUCCGCAUUGCUAAGCAGACACGCUGAAUGUUAUUUACUGCCGGAGGCAGCAACUUAUUGCUCUAGUUAUGGGCCCGUUUCAAUGCAAUGCUGCCUGCUGGUGUGUGCCCUUGUCCACCGCAAAAACAGUAUCACAUCAUUUUACACCCCUCUAUAUGGCUGUAUGCCCUCUGUGACUCUGUCAUUCAAAUCAGUGGCACUGGAAGUUGUUGUCUUUUAGACACUUAGAGAAUGGGUUUGUUUGACACAUUUCUGUAGGUAUUGAAGUUGCAGGCUCAGGUAUGGAACAAUAGCCACAUGCAAAUCCUUUGUCAUUCUAGUUGGUGUUAGUCACAUGAGUCAAUAUUUUCCUAACUGUCAGUCUAUGAAAACUGAAUUGAAAGUAGUAGUCAUUGGCACAUUAAGCAACAGCACUGCCACAUUCCUACACAAACCCAGGAUAUCCUCCAAAGCCCAGUGUUCACUUGUCCACCCGUAGAAACUCUCUGUACUUGUUUGGCUGGAGGAGAAAUCAAUAUGAGCAGAUCAGGGAUUAAAGGAAACUUUUCAGAGCCAGACUGAUGGUAAUACUUAUUGAGCCUCGUUUAAGGAUUCGUCAAGCAAAGCAUUCCUACCGGCCCUUUUUAAUGUGGCUAAUUAUUGAAAAGCUUAUUUGGACCUAAAAAAUCGUUUGAACUCCAAGGUGCUCAGUGUUAGCGAUGAUGGUGUGAUCGUCUUUGCGUUCAGAGUGUGCCCAGACAGGGAGAGGGUUGUCUCAAAAUCCCUCCAAAGUACCGACUGCAUAAUAAACCAGGCCUGUUACGGCUCUGAUUGAAAUCUAAUCAGGCAUUUUCUCAGUCAGAUGAUUUCUCAAGUGCAAAGGAUUUGAAAAUAAUGGAACAUUCCCAUAAAAAAAAUUUUUUUACACAGGGGGAAGUGUAAUACAAAACCUGUUCUUCAACUGUCUUGGCAUUCUCAGCAAAAACCACAACACCAUGAAUUAAUGACAAAACCCAAGUUAUUUUGAAGUAAAAUGUAGAGAGAUAGGAUGUAGGCCUACUAUCUCUCUUGUGAUAUGAUCUUUCUCAUUGAUAUGCUGAGCUCAGUUGAAGGGGUACUUAGAGCUCAGUUAAAGGGGUACUUGGGAUUUUGGCAUUGAUGCCAUUUAUCUACUUCCCCAGAGUCAGAUGAACUCGUGGAUACCAUUAUUUAUGUCACUGCUUUCGGUUUGAAGGAAGUUGCUAACUAGUGCUAGCGCAAUUGCUAACUAGCAUGAGUGCAAUGACUGGAAUUAAUUGUGCUAACACUAGUUAGCAUUGGCUCGUGAAACUACAUCUAACUUUCAGGAUUUUUUUUUGUGAGACAGCUUUUUAAUGUUGUUUGCAUGUGGUGCACAUAUUUGCACAUAUGUGACGUAGUACGCAAUUUUCGAGGACCACUUUUGGCUUGUGAGUGCUACUUUCAGAACUACUGGCUAAAAAGUAUACAAAAGUACAGGAGAAUCUCUUUAAUUCCCUUGGUUGAAUAGCUUUGAAUUCCAUGGACGUUUUGGACUGAGGUGUCAUAGCUCUUGUCAGUGAUGAAGCGUCUAUCUUAUGCGACUGAUUUUGGGAUUUCGAGCCUUGGAAGGAUGAGAUUGGGAGUUGUCAAAAAUUAUCCUAGGGAGGAGACUGCCUAAGGCAUGGAUCAUCAACCAGAUUUAGCUGCUGGCCGCCAGUUGGGGAACCCUGGCCUAAGGUACAUUCUGUGCACUAUUACCGUAGUCAUAUAACCUAGCGAGCGUAAACAUUCCUUAGGGAGGGGUAUAUACCAGAAUCUGCUUGCCUGAAUGCAAGUGGUUUGUAGCAGCCUAUUGGAACUCAACUGCCAGUAUAGUUGUUUAGCAAGUAAUUACUGUCCCACCCAGCAGCUUUUAAAGUAAAUAAUUACAGGAGCCAGUGUUGUCAAUGUCCACACUCUGUCAUCACAUGUAGGCUAACCCAGUCUCCUGAUGUUGUGGUGACUUAGACCAACAGAGUUGGAGACAUUUUCUGACUCAGCAUUUUUUCAGCAUUGUGCCAGUUUUACCAGGGUGUGCUGGUCCUCUUGCAGCCCUAGCACUUAGUUAACACUCUCUCAUACGUGGUUGUUGCCACCUUCCGCUGUGAAAAUGGCGCCCAUGCUGUAGUGUGGCAGGCAACAAGGUGGCUUUAGUUCAUCUGCUGUAUGCUACAUCUCUGUCAGAGACAGUAACUGCCUAACACUUAAAGCUGCAAUAUGUAACUUUUGGGCGACUCAACCAAAUUCGCGUAGAAAUGUGAGUUAUAUAUCUGUCAUUCUCAUUGAAAGCAAGUCUAAGCGGUAGAUCUAUUCUACAGUGCAUUCGGAAAGUAUUUAGACCCCUUUGUUCCACAUUUUGUUACGUUACAGCCUUAUUCUAAAAUGGAUUAAAAAAAAAAAAGAUUCCUCAUCAAUCUACACACUACCCCAUAAUGACAAUGUGAAAACAGGUUUUUAGAAAUAAAAAACAGAUACUAUUCAGACCCUUUGCUAUGAGACUCGAAAUUGAGCUCCGGUGCGUCCUGUUUCCAUUGAUCAUCCUUGAGAUGUUUCUACAACUUGAUUGGAGUCCACCUGUGUUAAAUUCAAUCGAUUGGACAUGAUUUGGAAAGGCACACACCUGUCUAUAUAAGGUCCCACAGUUGACAGUGCAUGUCAGAGCAAAAACCAAGCCAUGAGGUCGUAGGAAUUGUCCGUAGAGCACCGAGACAGGAUUGUGUCGAGGCACAGAUCUGGGGAAGGGUACCAAAAAAUGUCUGCAGCAUUGAAGGUCCUCAAGAACACAGCGGCCUCCAUCAUUCUUAAAUGGAAGGAGUUUGGAACCACCAAGACUCUUCCUAGAACUGGCCACCGGGCCAAACUGAGCAAUCAGUGGAGAAGGGCCUUGGUCAGGGAGGUGACCAAGAACCCGAUGGUCACUCUGACAGAGCUCCAGAGUUCCUCUGUGGAGAUGGGAGACCCUUCCAGAAGGACAACCAUCUCUGCAGCUCUCCACCAAUCAUGCCUUUAUGGUAGUGUGGCCAGACGGAAGCCACUCCUCAGCAAAAGGCACAUGGCAGCCCGCUUGGAGCUUGCCAAAAGGCACCUAAAGGACUCUCAAACCCUGAGAAACAAGAUUCUCUGGUCUGAUGAAUGCCAAGCGUCACGUCUAGAGGAAACCUGGCACCAUCCCUACGGUGAGGCGUGGUGGCAGCAUCAUGCUGUGGGGAUGUUUUUCACCGGCAGGGACAGAGACUAGUCAGGAUCGAGGGAAAGAUGAACGGAGCAAAGUACAGAGAUCCUUAAUGAAAACCUGCUUCAGAGUGCUCAGGACCUCAGACUGGGGCGAAGGUUCAGCUUCCAACAGGAAAUGACCCUAAGCACACAGCCAAGACAACGUAGGAGUGGCUUUGGGACAAGUCUUUGAAUGUCCUUGAGUGGCCCAGCCAGAGCCCGGACUUGAACCAGAUCGAACUUCUCUGGAGCGACGUGAAAAUAGCUGUGCAGCGGCGCUCCCCAUCCAACCUGACAGCGCUUGAGAGGAUCUGCAGAGAAGAAUGGGAGAAACUCCCAAAAUAACGGUGUGCCAUGCUUGUAGCGUCAUACCCAAGAAGACGCGAGGCUGUAAUCGCGGCCAAAGGUGCUUCAACAAAGUACUGAGUAAAGGGUCUGAAUACUUACGUAAAUAAGGUAUUUCAGUUUUUAAUUUUUAAUACAUUUGCAGACAUUUCUAUAAACCUGUUUUUGCUUUCUCAUUAUGGAGUAUUGUGUGUAGGUUGAGACAAAAAAAAUCUAUUUAAUCAAUUUUAGAAUAAGGCUGUAACAUCAAAAUGUGGAAAAAGUCAAGGGAUCUAAAUACUAUCCGAAUGCACUGUGUGCUAUUUCUAUUCUUCCUGUUAAGUUUAGUUUUUGCGUCUUUUACUUUCGUUUUUGUACACCAGCUUCAAACAGCUGAAAAUAUAAUAUUUGUUGUUAUUUAAAAUAUAUUUCACAGUGGUUUAGAUGGUACAAUGAUUCUCUACACUGAGUGCUUGUUUUGUCACAAACUGAAAUUAGGCAAACUAUUCAAAUUUUUGCAACCAGGAAAUGGCGGCGCUAUUUCGGCAUAUUGCACCUUUUAAAAUGUGGUGCUAAUACACUGCCUUUCCUCCCCCAGCCAAGCCAAGACAACCGAGCUGGUCCAGUGAGGGUGCGACUGCGGAGAAACACAGCUAUUCAUGGUACUGCAACGCCUCAGAAAGUGACAAGAAGCCUAUCGCGCAGACCACCACCCUAAAGAGCGAGGCCAAGGACUCUUACGACAACUGGGACGCAGUGAUGGGUCUGGGGCCCGCCUCUCCCACCCCAGAGCCCCCCAGAAGCCCCCCCUCGUCAAUGUGGAGUGGCGAGUGGGGCUAUGGUCUCGGUCUGGCCAGGCAAGACAAGACAUCCCCAGAGCCUACUCCCAGUUACGAUGUGGGCCUGGGGUACUUCGAGGUCCCCAUCGAGCCCUCCGAGUCCCAGGACUACUCCCAGUCUCUCCUCAGGGUCAGCACCCACUGCCGGACCUACCGCCGGCCCAACAAAGGCAAGCAGGCCGGGGACUCUGACAGCACCACUAGUACCAGCACAGCCUUCAGUAGUGGGCCCGGAUCUGGCCCACUCAAGACCAACAAUACAGAGAACAGCAGCAAGCCGGCGGGCCGCGGGCGGACGAGAGACUUCACGGUGCUUCACCCGUCCUGCCUGUCGGUGUGUAACGUCACCAUUCAGGACAGGGUCAUGGAGGAAUACACCCCCGCUGCCGCUGUGGCUACCCCCCUGACAGACUUGGGAGAGGCUGGCCGUCUGCAGAAGAAGACUGAACCAGCACCAGCCAAACCCACCAGGUGACCUACUGCUACCUACCUACCGCUAUACUGGGAUAAUCACUGUUGUUGUUAGAUUAUGAUGAUGUUUGGGCUAUUUCUGCUCCCUUCACUGACAGUCAUAACAAUGAGGUAUGUUUCUCUCCCUCUGUUGAUCAGACAAGGAUAAUAAUCUACACGCUGCAGUAUAGGCUAUGCUCUCAAAUGUGUUUGGAUUCUUCUAUUUUGCUGAUGAACACGCAUCCUUGAAUAUCUCGCACCUGCUCAAAAGCCAUUGGAGUGUAGGUUGUUCUAACUUCUCUCUCUCUCUCUCUCUCUCUGUUUCUCUCUACCAGGUUCAGACCCACUCAGAGCAAGACCAAGAAAGACACCAAGUUGGAUUUCUUUGGCUUCGAGGAAAACGAGGCGGGCCGUGGUGCCACCCAGGAGGAGGGCAGUUCCGACCCUGUGGCAUCCGGCAGCUCCAACUACAAGAUCAAGUAUUUUGGCUUCGACGAUAUGAGCGACAGCGACGAAGACGAGGGCUCCCAGGCCAAAGAGAGGAGGAAGGCUAAGAGGGCUGCCAAGGCUGCAGCCACAGCUUAUGCAGCCUCCGCUGCUUCCAUGGAGAUGAGGGUGGACAGCCCCCUGUCCGGCAGCGAGGAGCUGGACAGUCAGACUAGCAGCCACACAGGUCAGGCACAGGGCCUCAGUCGAGGUCAGUACUACAACACACACACACACACACACACACACACACACUCAGACCAGCAUCAGUACAGGGCAGACUCAGGCAAGGUGAAUUUCAAGAACAUGGAGAUCUCUAUAUACACACAUACACACUUCUACUAAAGCCGGGUGUACACUACACGACUUUCAAAAUCCUAACAUCGCUGAGCCUCUCACAUUAAACGACCGUCUUUCCUGUAGUUGUCUUGCCAACGUAGAGGUGCCCACUAAACGACGUGGCACAGACGGGGGUCACACACUACAAGAUUCUUCACUUGUUUGUGAGGAAUCUCGAUACCACGCUGUCUCGCGAAAAACAAAGUGAUUAGAUUUAACCAAUCUACGAGCUGUGCAGCAAAGUAUCCUCAUAAGCGUUCAGUCUGACAUUCACGCUUGCCAUAUAGAGUUGAAAUAUCUAGCAAACAUUUCGAAUUGAAUAACAUUGCUCGUGCAUUCCAGAGCUGUAACGAUUUGACACUUUGGCUUUGGUUAGUACAAACGCAUACUAGUAGUAGUCAUCGCUCCAGCUUGAGUCUACACAUUCUGGAUGAUGCGAUACAACGUUAUCAUCUCACUGGCUUCUUCUCUGGUGAGCUCUCAUUGGCUAUUGCGGAUCACCGUUCUCAAAACUUGUCGUUGCACAUCUCACACUACAAGAGCAUGGCAGAUUUUGUGCUGAUAAAAUCAAACAUGUUUGAAAAUAUUGGGACGUCUGGGACUGCUCAAAGACUAGAUCGGUAGCCCUCAGAUUUCGUCUCUGACCCGCUCACAUUAAACGAGCGUCGGUGAUGGCUGCGUGCCCCGAGUAGGCAACGACAUGGGGAUUUUGUCUCCGAUCUCAAAAACUUGUCUGGGACAGCUACACUGAACAAAAAUAUAAACGCAAUAAGUGUUGGUCCCAUGUUUCAUGAGCUGAAAUAAAAGAUCCCAGAAAUGUUCCAUAAGCACAAAAAGCUUAUUUCUCUCAAAUGUUGUGCACAAAUCUGUUUACAUCCCUUCUCCUUUGCCAAGAUAAUCCAUUCCCCUGACAGGUGUGGCAUAUCAAGAAGCUGAUUAAACAGCAUGAUCAUUACACAGGUGCACCUUGUGUAAGGUGACAAAAGGCCACUCUAAAAUUUGCAGUUUUGUCACAACACAAUGCCACAGAUGUUUCAUGUUUUGAGGGAGCGUGCAAUUGGCAUGCUGACUGCAGGAAUGUCCACCAGAGCUGCUGCCAGAUAAUUUAAUGUAAAUGUAUUUACCAUAAGCCGCCUCCAACGUCGUUUUAGAGAAUUUAGCAGUAUGUCCAACCGGCUUCACAACCGCAGACCCACAUGUAUGGUGUCGUGUGGGCGAGCGGUUUGCUGAUGUCAACGUGAACAGACUGUCCCAUGGUGGGGUUAUGGUAUGGGCAGGCAUAAGCUACAGACAACGAACGCAAUUGCAUUUUAUCAAUGGCAAUUUGAAUGCACAGAGAUACAGUGACGAGAUCCUGAGGCCCAUUGUCAUGCCAUUCAUCUGCCACCAUCACCUCAUGUUUCAGCAUGAAAAUGCACGGCCCCAUGUCGCAAGGAUCUGUACACAAUUUCUGGACGCUGAAAAUGUCCCAGUUCUUCCAUGGCCUGCAUACUCACCAGACGUCACCCAUUGAGCAUGUUUGGAAUGCUCUGGAUCGACGUGUACAGCAGCGUGUUCCAGUUCCCUCCAAUGUCCAGCAACUUGGCACAGCCAUUGAAGAGGAGUGGGACAACAUUGCACAGGCCACAAUCAACAGUCUGAUCAACUCUAUGAGAUGGAGUUAUCUCGCGCUGCAUGUGGAAAAUGGUGGUCACUCCAGAUACUGACUGGUUUUCUGAUCCACGCCCCUACCUUGUUUGAAGGUAUUUAUGACCAACAGAUGCAUAUCUGUAUUACCAGUUGUGAAAUCCAUUGAUUAGGGCCUAAUACAUUUUUUUCAAUUGACUGAUUUCCAGUAAUGUUGCGUUUUAUAGUUUUUUGUUCAGUAUAAAUCGUGGGCAAAAUCAUGUCAUGUACACCCAGCUUAAGCUAACAUAUGGGUUUCUACUAAGCCAACAUGAAAUUGUUUUAAGAAGGUCAUACCAAUGAUCAUUUAGCUAUUUGAUUUGAAAUUUUAGGACCCCUGUAAUUAUAAAAGUGUAUAUAUAUAUAUAGAUAUAGAUAUAGAUAUAGAUAUAGAUAUAGAUAUAGAUAUAGAUAUAUAUAGAUAUAGAUAUAGAUAUAGAUAUAUAUAGAAAAGUUAUUUGAUGAAACAUUGAAUUUAGCCUUACUGCUAUUAGCCCAUAGAAACACAUUGAAUAACAGCUUCAUACAUGGAUAAACAGUCACAAAAAAACCAUAAGGAAGUUAGUUCUGAAGUGUCUGUCCUAUAUCUGAGGGAUAUAUAUAUAUAUUUUUUAACCCCUUAUUUUAGGCACUAAACUAUCUCCAUAUAUACUUCCAUUCAUUUUUUAAACUGGUACCCAGCUACCUUUAUACUAGUCUUGAGAGGCUUGUGGGCAUCCUAGAGCAAAACAACCGACAUGUAUGUGUUCAUGAGAGACUCGCCUUUCCAUAGAGGGGUCAUAUUAGUGUGUAGCCCAAACUGUUCGGACGCUACAGACAGUUUGCAAAUCAUCUGUACCGACUUCAGGGCGAGUGCAGUGGAUUGAGACGCAGCCCCUCUAAAAAAUAAAACAUGUCUCUAGCUUAAACUGAAGGAUUGAUUUGUUAUGAUGCUAAUUAGAUUUCUGCGGGGCGCGAAUAUCAACUCUUGAGGGUUAACCCUAAUUACCCCUGUAAGUCGCUCUGUAUGAGAGUGUCUGUCUGCUAAAUGACUAAAAUGUAAAUCUAUUAUACUCAAAUCAUUUAGGCUAAUAAUGACUUGGUCACAGAGAUCUUAUAAUUCACGAUAGGAUUCUAUAUUAAAUUCUAUGGACUUGGUAAUGAACAGUGAUGUUCCUGUCCUAAUCUAACACACGUCUUACUUUGGCAUGUCCCCUGUAGAUGUGAUGGACUUCCCAGAGGACAACUCUGCCUCUGUGGGCCUAGAGAUGCCCAGGAGACCUCAGGCAAAACAGGUGGAGAAGUCCAAGGAGAGCAGGGAGACCAAUAGGAAGAUCUUCAGUGGCCCCAAAAAGGUAAGAAGUGUUCUUUGGCAACUCUCCCUGCACUCAAGUCCAGGAUCGUGUUCAUCAGGCCACAGCGGCACAUCUCAGCGAAACGUUUUGCAACGGAAAACAGAAAAGAGCGCUUUUCAUUGGACAAGGUCAGGUAGUCCCCUCCCUGUUUCAGUCCGUUUUGGUGGCCAAUGAACUAGACCCAGAACGUUCAUCAGAGAAUGAGUAGACUACGCUCUGUAUGUGCUGCAGAGAUGCCAAAAUGGCUUGUUAUUUGUAUGUGGAUGGAGGGAUGACAGCUGCCAUUGACGGUCUCUGGUCCUAGGUUCCAAUAGGUGCGAACUCAUUGAACUGGAGAUGCAUACCCAGCAACACUCAUUCUCUUUUUUUAUUUAUCCAGAGAACCAGUAAUGCCCUAUCUCCAAUUGCUUAGAUGGACUUCAUCUGUAAGUGCUCCGUUAUUGGUCUUUAAGAGCAAGGCCCUGCUUAGAAUGGGAUGUGAAAUCUUAUUGUGAGAAAAUCAGACGCGUUAUAUAUGUUGAGGUUGUUAAAUACAGGUUAUAGGUCAUACAAUGUUUCAUAUAGUCAUUUGUAAAGGCAACUUGCACAUUUUAGGUGUAUUCUCAUAAGUCAGUCUUUGCAUUUGGGCUACUACAAACCUGUAGAGUGCGAAGGUGCCUUCCAAGUCUUUGGAGGUGUUUUCUGCUCAGAGAUUCCUCAUCCAUAGCCCUGUAAUGUACUCCAUGCAGGUAACAUUAUUAAAAGCGCUGAACUCAUUAAAAAAAAAACAAUAGCCCUCCAAAAGGAUCGGGGUAUUCAUGAGUCGUCAAAAGGCAGCGAUUUCUAUUGCGACUGGCCCAACUGUAGGGGUAGUGAAGUGGCACUCUGGCGCAUGCAACUUACAUGGACUAGUCCCGAAUUGCACACUAUUCCUUAUAUAGUGCGCUACUGUUGACCAGGGCCCCGUAGUGCACUAUGUCGGUAUUAGAGUGCUAUUUGGGGCACAGCCUGUAACUAACCCUUACAGAAACCAAUUUGAAUUGGAUGCAUAACAAUAUAUCUUCUUCUCAUGCAGUUUGCUUACAAAUUGCAGAAGAAAUGCUGCUGUUUUCCAUAAUAAUACCUACAAUUCCAUCUUUUUCAUUCUAUUAUUCAUUCUCCAUAACCAGUUGUGCUUGAUGCAUUAUUUGUGUAUGUAUGUUCUGGGCCUCUGUAUUUGUCACUUUAAAUGUAUGCCAAACAACAAUCAAUAAUUGUAAAGGAUGACUUCUAACAAUUUCCACUGACAAUCUUACAAAAACACAUUUCCUUUAAGAACAGUGCAGAUGCGAAGAUUGGUAACAGAAUAACAGUUUGUGCUGGUUGUGCCGUCAUUCUGUUACCAAACUUCGCAUCUGCACUGUUCUGAAAGGAAAUGUGUUUUUGUCAAAUUUUCAGUCGGCCUUGUACAUAGUUUGGUUUGUUUAACUUUGCAAUCAUUGUUUUUUGUUUGGCAUACAUAUUAAAGCGAAUAAUCUGAGUCUCCUCAUAAUUCUGUUACCGUGGAGUUGCCCAUAUGCCAAUCUGUUGAUGUCGGCUGUCAGAUGUUAGAGGUUGAUUUAAUUGCCACCAUCAUUAUCAUGUCGUCUCUGACUAAUUCAUGUCAGGUCUGUAUAUGGGCAGCUAGCUCUGCUCUAGUCUGGACGAGUGGACGUGGCUGAACAGCGAGUGUGUUGUGUUUAUUGAGUAGCUCUCUCUUGCUCUCUGUCAGGCUGGUGAGUGUUAUGUCUGCAGCCUGUGGACAGGCCAAGGCCCUUUGCUCCCCUCUGUUCACAGUACACCCCUAGACUCAGAGCCUAGCUGGCUCUCCUACAUUAAUCAUGGAUAUAUGAUACAUCUACCGACUCUCUCUCUCACUUCGCCCACACUCUUCUCUCUCUGUGUCAGUCCAUCUUCCUUACUCUGUCCUCCAGCUAACCUUUUUUUCUCUCUUUCUCUCCCUGGUGGUUGUCCUCAGGCAGUGAUUUGGCCCAUAUCUCUCCUAAAAGUCUUCCUAUUAUUGCUUUAUAGAUUCUUCUAGGAUUCCUCCUCCUGUCUUCGAUCUGUUAUUGUGUCCUGUUCUGCUGAACCAACAUCUCUUCCUAUUGUUUGUUUAUGUGUCUGUUGCCUAAGGAGAGACCUAUGGCUCCUGCUUUCUCUUGGAUUGGGUUUGAGCUCCAAUGUUUGGGCCAAGAUGGGUGUUGGGCAUUUUUCACGCGCAACAGUUGAACCCGAGAGCUUGUGUGCUCUGAUUGAGCCGAGAGUGUAAGCGAUAAAUGAUUUGGCAGGCCAGGAGUCGGUAACAGUAUGCGUGUUGGUUGGGCGGGUGGCGGUGCAGUGGAUAAAUGAGUCCGGCCUGCUUAAAGCAGCAGCGUUGGAUUGCAGGAAGACUGAGCAUUUUUUUACCUGCCUUGAGAGACAUUCUCCCCACGCGGGUUUAACAUCGUGGGCGUUUAUGACGGUUGGUAAUGACUCAUUUCAGACGGUUAAAAAUAAAUUAGAAUCAGGGUUCUCCCCAAAGAAUGGAACCUCCAUUUUCUCUAGAUUGCAGGAAAUGGCAGUUACGCCAUACUCGGCAUAUCACCUUGUUAAAAUAUCCUGCAGAGAACCCUAAGAAUGAGCCACAGGUUAUUUAUAGUGUCAAGCCCAAUUCUCUCCUCGGUAGAGAUGCACAGGUGUUUAAAGGCCCCGCAUUCCCCUCCCCACGCCUCUUCAUAAUCAUUCUCACUCUGGCUUAAUGACUCCAGCGGCUCACCGACAGCAUGGUGUAGAAGACUUUAUACGGUAGAGAAAGGGGUAAACAUCUCAUCAGAUACCCUGCUGGUGUUAUUGUGAACAUUACAAAUGGCACCCUAUUCCCUAUAUAUGAAGUAUACUAGGGGCCCUGGUCAAAGGUAGGUUGCCAUGUGGGAUUCAUCCAUAGUAAUACCCUCUGUCUGUUUCCACACGUUCUGUGAUUGUCUGUCUUGGAACAAAACUGGUUUACAGGGUUGGGUUGGCUGAUGGCUGGCAGGACCGUGAAGUGGGUUUUAAUUCAUGGAAAACACUUCCCUGUUUUCUUUCACAGCUUUGUUUGGGCAUUUUAAAUCUGAGGCUCAUUUGAGAUUUAAUGGCAUUUUCGCGUGUGUGACGGUGUAGAUGUGAGUCAUAAAAGUAUGUUUCCAUGUGGGCAAUUCCAUGAUAAUGGAGUUACUGUAAGCUGGGACCAAUUUUUCACUUAAAUGUGUGCUAACCAAAAACGAGUAAUUUCAAAGUUUAACAAAGCAUACAACUAUAUGCACAAAGACUACUUUGAACAAUUUACACAGUAAAUAAAAACGUUGUAUCUUCACAGUUCUUUCUGUAAAUGUUUUUGUAAAAUAUUAAGUGGAAAUUGUUAAAAGUAGUCCUUGUUCUAUGGUUUCUUAAACUUUGAUUUCAAUGGUUUUUGUUUGGUAUACAUUUUUAAAGUGACAAAUCUGAUUCUCAGCAUAUUUCCGUUAUCAUGGAAUUGCCCGUGUCUCAUAAGGCCAGAGCAGGGAUGCUGUUACCGUCUUGAGGGGUCCUGGACCACAACAGCUGAUUGCUGGUUGAGUGGUUUAGUUGAACCUCGCCUACAGCUGGAACUGACAGCUCCUCAGUCUUCUGCUUAGUGUCGGUGUGUGUGUCGGUGUGUGUGUGUGUGUCUCGGUGUGUGUGUGUGUCUCGGUGUGCGUGUCUGUCUCGUGUGUGUGUCUCUGUGUGUGAUUUGGCUACUUGCACUCGUCUCAGAUUUAUGAAGAGGGCCUUGGGCAAACAUGUCUUAACUUGGCAGUGUUGGAAAGGGGGAACUCAAGUAGUGUAUUUGGUAUUCAUUUCCUUCUGUCUGACCUUCUCAUGUUUGUGUGUGUGUGUGCAUGACAGAUAAGUGCCCAUGUUUACAGAAAAUGCCUUUCGUCACAAGAGCUCACACUCCCAUGGGGGUGGGUGUCGAAUCUUCCUGUCUGUGUCCACUUGAUUAGGUUAGGAUCAUGGGUAAGAAGACUAGAGGGCCUAAAUGAAAGUUGAGGUACUCUCGGUUCGUUAUUUCCUGCAGUGCUCUGUCCUGAGCCAACAAUGUUUGUUCACUCUUGCUGGUAUUCUUUUUCUUUGAUUCAUUAUUAAUAUCCCAUCAACAGGCUGAGCCAAUAGGCUCCCUUUAAGCAGAGAGGAGCCAAGGUUUGUGUCACUGUGUGUGUGUACACAGCGCUGGCUGUUGUCUUCAGUCAGUCCUGCUGUUUGAGGAGUCCUGGCUGCCUCUGGUGGUUUAAUAGGCAUUAAUUUAGUCUCUCUCUCUCCCCGUCUCUCCCUGGGGCUUGUUUGUUACAGGAACCAACAAAGGCCAAUGUCUUCUAUCCAAUCCACUCUCUGUAUCGUCUCACUCUACUACAGGGUUUCCCAAACUAGGGCUUGCGAUGUGGGGUUGCCUGAUUUGAAAAUGGGGUCGCGAGAGACAAGUUGCCCAUGGUUCAUAGAACCGGGUAGCCGCUCAAUGCGAUUUCUGUUUUCUUCCUACAAAUGUGGCUCUAUCCUUUGAACGGUUUAUGCUACAACAACUUAUACCCCAUCACUGAAAGAUAAGACUCUCAGGAACGCGUACAUACAUAAUGCUUCCCUCUACUAUACCCACAAGCCGUUAGAACUGAGUGGACGAGACCAGGCACUAAAUCAGGCUGGGGGGAGAAGAACAUAAAUGAUGUUCUUUUCUACACAGAAGAUCAUAAAGUCAACCCCACAUUUACAUGGUGGGGUCACAAAGAAAUGUUUGCUAUUCCUAUUACAUUUUAGCAGAUGCUCUUAUCCAGAGCGACUUACAGGAGCAAUUAGGGUUAAGUGCCUUGCUCAAGGGCACAUCGACAGAUUUUUCACAUAGUCGGCUCGGGGAUUAGAACCAGCGACCUUUCGGUUACUGGCACAACGCUCUUAACCAAAUGUUGAUAUCAAAAUGGGGUCCCAGGCCAACAAAGUUUGGGAAUCGCUGCCCUACUUUGAUUUAUCUUCCAAGACACUGAGAAUUCCCAGUAUCAGAAAUCACCUCGAAUUCGGAGCAAUUGACUACACUUUGAAUUGGCUUGGUUGUUUUUAAACACAGUAUACUGUUGCAGUUUGGUUGGCGUGUGUGUUGAUCAAUGAUUCUCAUUUGACGUGUUCUAAGUAACACUGUUCUAGCAGGAAGGGCUGAACUGUGUGAUGGAAUGUGAAGUAACCUGAUGGACUUACCUCAUGUUUUCCUGUUCCCCCUGCAGUCUCCCACUAAAGCUGUGUACAACGCCAGACACUGGAACAGAGAGCCAGAGGAGCUGCCCCCGCCACCUGUACCCCGUUCAACCACUGCACCCGUAAGUAACCCCCCUAAUCACCACCCUAGUUAUGGGUGUCACCCACCACCCCCACUCCAAAUACUAGCCCUGGCUCUCCGAUCAGCCUGCCUACCCAGCUAGCUAGAGGUGUGAGAUUUCUGCAGCUGGUGAAAGCUGCACCACAAACUGUUCUCAUUCUGUAGGUAGGCAAUGGCUCUCACUCUCUCUCUGCUCAAGCAACAUGGCUGAUUCAGUCCCAUGCAAACGGGACAGUGUAAACUCUAAUGCAAUUUUCCAUACCCUCGAGCCCUAACUUCCUUAAGAAACUCCCUUUCCAUCCUCACUCACACCCUCCCUCCACCACCAAGGAUGCUCCGAUUGGUCUCUUCACUGUGGUUUACCCCAUUAUGGCCACUCUACUCCACGUUGUGUUCCAAAUGGCAGCCUAUUCUCUUUUUAUAGUGCACUAGGGUGCCAUUUGGUAUAAACCCUGCGUCUGAUUCAUUUUCCAAAUGUCAUUAGAUGCAUGUGUGGCACCUUGCCAUUCUUGAAAUUCAUUAGCCUUUUAAAAAAUGCAUCACAGCUCUGAAUGCUCCUGCGUCUUAGUGAUAAUGUUAGUACGGCUCUGAACGCUCCUCCGUUUUAGUGAUAAUCUUAGUACGGCUCUGAACGCUCCUGCGUCUUAGUGAUAAUGUUAGUACGGCUCUGAACGCUCCUGCGUCUUAGUGAUAAUGUUAGUAUGGCUCUGAACGCUCCUGCGUCUUAGUGAUAAUGUUAGUACGGCUCUGAACGCUCCUGCGUCUUAGUGAUAAUGUUAGUACGGCUCUGAACACUCCUGCGUCUUAGUGAUAAUGUUAGUACGGCUCUGAACGCUCCUGCGUCUUAGUGAUAAUGUUAGUAUGGCUCUGAACGCUCCUGCGUCUUAGUGAUAAUGUUAGUACGGCUCUGAACGCUCCUGCGUCUUAGUGAUAAUGUUAGUACGGCUCUGAACGCUCCUGCGUCUUAGUGAUAAUGUUAGUAUGGCUCUGAACGCUCCUGCGUCUUAGUGAUAAUGUUAGUACGGCUCUGAACGCUCCUGCGUCUUAGUGAUAAUGUUAGUAUGGCUCUGAACGCUCCUGCGUCUUAGUGAUAAUGUUAGUAUGGCUCUGAACGCUCCUGCGUCUUAGUGAUAAUGUUAGUACGGCUCUGAACGCUCCUGCGUCUUAGUGAUAAUGUUAGUAUGGCUCUGAACGCUCCUGCGUCUUAGUGAUAAUGUUAGUACGGCUCUGAACGCUCCUGCGUCUUACCGAUAAUGUUAGCCAUGUAUUACAGCGCCCUAUAAGUCCCUCAUCCCUUGCCCUCCCUCGGACUGCUAGAAGAGACUCAGAGCCUGUGUGUGCUGUGAAACUGAGAGAGUGUUUUUACUGGGCCUUAUCUGGCCUUAUGUAAGGGGCAGGAGGCCGUUGGCUGGUGUUCAACAGCAUGAAUCAGCAGGGCCGUGUACUGAGCUGAGAGCAGGUGGCUGUGUGGUUCUGCUUGUCUCCCUCUGACCCACUCUCUACUUCGGCCCUUCCCCUCUCUCCCUCCUCCUCUCUUUCUUCCUCUCUUUCUUCUCUUUCUCCUUUUCCUCUGAUUCUGCCUCUCCCCCCUUUCUCUCUGCCUUUCUCUCUCUCACUCACACCUUCCUUCCUUCCUUCCUUCCUUCCUUACCCCCUCUCUCUCUAACAGGCGAGCCAGUCGAGCAGGAGCAGCAAGGACUCGUCUAACUCUCACAAAGACGACGGGCUGUUCAAGGCGCCGCCAUGCCCGCCUCCCAAAGUCAUCAAGUCUGUGUCGUUCCCCACCGAGCCCUACCAGGACAUCGUCACCGCACUGAAAUGUAGGAAAGAGCACAAGGAGGUGAGCUUCAACACAACAACAUUCUCUGUUCUACCUGGCAACCCAUCACUGUGUCUGGAACUCGGUAUCUAUAAAGCACAGCCUAUAAGAACACUAGAAAUUGUCCUGGGGCAGUAUCAAGCAUCUGAGGAAACAUGCUGAUCUAGGAUCAGUUUUGCCUUCCAGAUCAUAAUGAAUAAGGUUGAUAUGGACAGGGGGACCUGAUCCUUGAUCACUUUAUGAAUAUUACCCUGGUUUACAAUGUUGAAAAUGGAUUUAAACAAAAGCUCCAAUUUAAUGGAUGAUCAAUCGGUUUACCCCUGUAAAUCAUCUUAUUUAGAAAUAGUCUUGAAACGAAUCAGUGAAUUCUGAGGCUGUGUGUUGAUUUCUCUACAUACCUCCUAUAAGACCAUACUGCAAGAUCCCUGAAUCCCUAAACAGUUAACCAUCUGUAGUUAUUUAUCUUAUUACAUUGGUAUCUUGCAUGCUAAGCAGUGUUCGCUCCGCUAGGAACUGCAGUGUGGGCAGUCUCAUAGGCAGCAGCAGCAUAAUGGGCAUCCCACAUUUUUAAAUUCCACCUGCAGUUUCAUUUGCUGUCUUGUUUGUGGUCUUGGCUCCCGACCAACAAGGCAAGCGGCGGGUGCAUAGCUCUCAUGCUGAGAAUAGCAGGACUGAGCUCUACAGCUUGAUCUAGUGUCUGCAUCAUCCCUGUACCACACUUGCUGCGACUCCACCCACUACUACACCCCCACAUCAGAAUUUGUCAUUAGCAUGCUAACAAUUGAAGCGUGUUGCGUAGGUAUUUAGGGAUAUGUGUUACGCAAUUAGAACGUGUGAGAAAUAUGGUGAUGAUGGCGUGGAUCCUUUGUCUUUUCUUACACAAUAUCAAGGGGACUUGAGCAACGUCUGAAAUCGCACCCUGUACUAAGUAAUGCACGACUUUUGACCAGAGCCCUAUUCACUAUUAAAGUGCAAUUUGGGACGCAGCCCAUGUGAUUUACUGAACCCAACAAGCGUUAACAUGCUGUCAACUCUUUGCUCCAGCUAUACACAGUAGUCCAGCAUGUCAAGCACUUCAACGACGUGGUGGAGUUUGGAGAGAACCAGGAGUUCACCGAUGACUUUGAGUACCUGGCCACCGGCCUGAAGAGUGGCCAGCCCCUCAACACACGCUGCCUUAGGUAAGACUAGCUGCCGCUAACCGCCCUAACCACUGAUACAGGGUCAGAUUCUUUGUCAUCUCCAUUAUGGUUAAGGUAAUGAUUCAGGGCAGUUAAGAGCACGGUUUACCUCGAGCGGCCCAUGCACCACUGCCAUUCCUAUCAGGCGAUAGCAGACAAUACGAUGCUCUAGCAGAGGCAGUGACCCUCUUCUCUGUUCAAUUCAAUUAGACUGUAUUUAUCUGUCCUCUCCUGCAGUGUCAUUAGCCUGGCCACCAGGUGUGCCAUGCCCAGCUUCAGAAUGCAUCUGAGGGCCAGGGGAAAGGUGGCCCAGGUCUUCAAGACACUCAACGACGCCCCACAGCACCCGGUAAGUUAAGUUCCCUGCUCUCCUCCAGAGACUGUGGCUGACUUGAAUUGGUUUCUGUCAGAUCCGUGGAGAAGCUCAGUCCUUUAACUGGAGCCUGCCAAGUGACAAAUGGUUUUAGCGCUUAGUAACAACCUGCGUUAGUGACACUACUUUUAAAAAGUCAGGAUAUCAGGUUCACAUAUCCUUUCUUUCCUCCUUCUCCCGUCCCAUUUUCAUCCAUCCCCUCCCUCCAGAACCUGUCCCUGUGCACGGCCAGUUUGAUGUACAUCCUGAGCCGAGACAGACUCAACAUGGACCUGGACCGGGCCAGUCUAGAUCUGAUGAUCCGCCUGCUGGAGCUGGAUGGGGACCACUCGGUGGCCAAGGACGACCAGCUCACCACCAAGGAGAUUUCAAAGGUCAAGGAGAAGAUCCGCAAGCUGUGCGACACAGUGCACAACAAGCACCUGGACCUGGAGAACAUCACGGUACUGGUCUCCCCUAGAGAUAGUCCUUCUUGUGUCAUAUUCAUAUGCAGCUACAAAUAUUUUGCAAUGGAAAACUAAAAUGUGUUGUUUCCUAUUGGACAUGUUCAGGUGGUCCCUCCAUGUUUCAGUCCGUUCUUUUUCUGUUUGGUUCCCUAAUGAAGAUGGCCCUGGUUUUUGCUUAGAGGAUGGAGACUAGCUGCAACUCUCUUUCCUCCUCUGUCUCUAGCAUUUGCACUGUAGAACCAAUGGAAAUAAUGUAUUUGAAUUGGGACUGGCAAACUGCACAGAAUUAAACAGUUUGAUAUGACCAAUUUGGACGUCUGAUGAUGUGAUGACAGGGCCUUUUGAUGUCUGGCUUUGAGCCUUUUUUUCUCCCAUUCCCUCUAUAAAUAUCCUCUCCGCUGAUGUUCUAGUCGACAUCCCAAAUGGCACCCUAUUCCCUAUAUAGUGGACUACUUUUCACCAGGGUAUGUAGGGAAUAGGGUGCCAUUUGGGAUGUAGCCCUGUUCUUCACAGAGCGCAGACUGACCAUUCGCCUCAAGGCCUCCCAACUUAUUUUCAUUCAUUUAAGCACUCUUUAUAUUUCUGACUGUUCGCUUCCAUGUUGAAUUAAUCAUUAGAGAAUCCGAUUUUGAAAGUUGGGUUGAAAAACUUAACAUUCUCUUAUCGUUUGAUCUCAACAGUUUACUUUAAAAUAUUUUAAUAAUAGAGAUGAAAGUGUUAGAAAGUUUCUAUCUAUCGACAAUGUAAUUAGAGAAGGCAGUAUUGUUGUGGUUGGACUCAAACUCCACCUGCAUGCAAACUAGCUUCUCCUGACUCCAUCACUGGAAGGAAGGAAAUCAUAUUUUUGUUCCAGUUCCUCCCCCCGUUAUCGUCUGUCAUAGUUGGCCUCUUUGAAUCACAAUACACAGUCAGUAUUGUCCAUUUAUACCCUGUAUGUGUGAUGUAAAUGUGUUUUCAUUACUCCCUGUGUGUUUGUGUGUGUGUGCAGACGGGGCAUUUAGCCAUGGAGACCUUGUUAUCGCUGACCUCCAAGCGGGCCGGGGACUGGUUUAAAGAGGAGCUAAGGCUUCUGGGAGGCCUGGACCACAUAGUGGAUAAAGGUGAGCUAGACCUACACCACAUUACCCUAACACUGUGGGGUCUGUGUCCAGGCUAAACACCCCGAAAGGGUUGUUCGGUUGAUCCUAGGAGCUGACUAUUCAAUUGCAUUCAAAAUGCUUUGUUGGUAUGACAAAACAUGCAUUCGUAUUGAGUGUUAUUAGUAUAUUAUGUGCAAUACAUUUUCAUUGUGUUUGUCUGGGUACAGACAGCCCUGAUGAAGCUCACUCAUUACUACCUUUGGGGAAAUCAAGGAGAGACCAAAUGGUGGAAUCGUUAUGUGCCAGUAUACUAAUGUUCAAUAUGGCAUUGGAUGAAGCUCAAUGUUAAAUUCAAAUCUCCCUACCAUCAUAUCUAAGCUAAUAUGACACCAAUGUCGAUGAACAUUUGCUAGUCAAUUUAAUUGGAGGUACACAACACACUCCCCGCCUCUCGUCAUGAGCCAUCUGGCCCUUACCAACAACCAUAUAUCUGAUUUUUAACAGUCGUUAGAAACUGAGUAUUUUCUGCGCUCACCUAGCUCAAAUUCUAGACGUCAGAUUAAAACGAGACUAUAGCGUCCAUAAAGUGACCAUUUGCACUUAAAGAAAUGUUGGAUUGACUUUGUUUGUAUGUGCAACAGUUUUUAUUUAAAUUUAUAAUUUAUCGCUCACGUGCUCAUUUCUGUCAAUUUUUAAGAACCAACAAUGUGCUAACUUUUUGUAGCAUUUCUGACAAUGCUAACAUUUUCAGCCGAAUCUGAGUUCUUAAACCGGACCAAAGCACUUGGGUUGCGCAGCAACAGCGCUAUUAGCUUGCUAACACCAGUCGGAUGAGAGGCAAGCUACAAGUAAAGGAAGCUAGCUAUGGAAUAUAUACAGUACCCGUCAAAGGUUUGGACAUACCUACUAAUUCCAGGAUUUUUCUUUAUUUUUACUAUUUUCUACGUUGUCGAUUAAUAGUGAAGACAUCAAAACUAUGAAAUAACACAUGGAAUCAUGUAGUAACCCAAAAAGUGUUAAACAAAUCAAAAUAUAUUUUAUAUUUGAUUUUGUUCAAAUAGCCACCCUUUGCCUUGAUGACAGCUUUGCACACUCCUGGCAUUCUCUCAACCAGCUUCAUGAGGUAGUCACCUGGGAUGCAUUUAAAUUAACAGGUGUGCCUUGCUAAAAGUUAAUUUCUUUCCUCCUUAAUGUGUUUGAGCCAAUCAGUUGUGUUGUGACAAGGUAGGGGUGGUAUACAGAAGAGAGCCCUAUUAUGGCAAGAACAGCUCAAAUAAGCAAAGAGAAAUGACAGUCAAUCAUUACUUUAAGACAUGAAGGUCAGUCAAUCCGGGAACAUUUCAAGAACUUUGAACAUUUUCUUCAAGUGCGGUGCUAUGAUGAAACUGGCUCUCAUGAGGACUGCCACAGGAAAGGAAGACCCAGAGUUACCUCUGCUAUAGAGGAUAAGUUCAUUAGUUAACUGCACCUCAGAUUGCAGCCCAAAUAAAUGCGUCAGAGUUCAAGUAACAGACAUCUCAACAUCAACUGUUCAAAAUCAAAUCAAAUGUAUUGGUCACAUACACAUGGUUAGCAGAUGUUAUUGCGAGUGUAGCGAAAUGCUUGUGCUUCUAGUUCCGACAGUGCAGCAAUAGCUAGCAAGUAAUAUCUAACAGUUCCACAACAAAAACCUAAUACACAAAAAUCUAAGUAAAGGAAUGGAAAAAUAAUAUAUAAAUAUAUGGAUGAGCAAUGUCAUUAUCAGAGGACUGCGUGAAUCAGGCCUUCAUGGUCGAAUUGCUGCAACGAAUCCACUACUAAACGACACCAAUAGGAAAAAGAGACUUGCUUGGGUCAAGAAACAUGAGCAAUGGACAUUAGACCGUUGGAAAUCUGUCCUUUGGUCUGAUGAGUCCAAAUUUGAGAUUUUUGGUUCCAACCGCUGUGUCUUUGUGAGAUGCAGAGUAGGUGAACGGAUGACCUCCGCAUGUGUGGUUCCCACCGUGAAGCAAGGAUGAGGAGGUGUGAUGGUGUGGGGGUGCUUUGCUGGUGACACUGUCUGUGAUUUAUUUAGAAUUCAAGGCACACUUAACCAGCAUGGCUACCACAGCAUUCUGCAGCGAUACGCCAUGCCAUCUGGUUUGCGCUUAGUGGGACUAUCAUUUAUUUUUCAGCAGGACAAUAACCCAAAACACACCUCCUGGCUGUGUGAGGGCUAUUUGACCAAGAAGGAGAGUGAUGGAGUGCUGCAUCAGAUGACCUGGCCUCCACAAUUACCCGACCUCAACCCAAUUGAGAUGGUUUGGGAUGAGUUAGACCGUAGAGUGAAGGAAAAGCAGCCAACAAGUGCUCAGCAUAUGUGGGAACUCCUUGAAGACUGUUGGAAAAGCAUUCCUCAUGAAGCUGGUUGAGAGAAUGCCAAGAGUGUGCAAAGCUGUCAUCAAGGCCUAGGGUGGCUAUCUGAAGAAUCUAAAAUCUAUUUUGAUUUGUUUAACACUUUUUUGGUUACUACAUGAUUCCAUAUGUUAUUUCAUAGUUUUGAUGUCUUCACUAUUAUUCUACAAUGUAGAAAAUAGUCUUGAAGGAAAAUAAUACAAAUAAAGAAAAACCCUUGAAUGAGUAGGUGUGUCAACUUUUGACUGGUACUGAUAUAUAUAUAUAUAUAUAUAUAUAUAUAUAUAUAUAUAUAAAAUUUAGCUAUGGAAGGGUUUUCACAUGGCUGAAGGUAUCUAUGUAAACUGUUGGUCUUGAAUCUUGCAUGUAAUCAAAGCACAAACACGAAUAAGAUGGCGAAUAUCCUUGGCUGCUAUUGCCAGUUAGCUAGCCAACUAACAUUAGCGGUAACGUUAGCUAGCUACAAGCCAACAAGGCUCUAAUGUUAGCUGUUUGUUGACAAUGUCCCACACUCUUCCACAAAGCACAGCUAGCUAACUAAGUAAAGUUCAUAGUCAACACCAAACUUUGGGAAACUGCCACGCUGCUAAUGUAUAAUACAUGCAAUGGUCAUUGCUCAUCUAACGUUAGCUAACGUUACUCCAUACACUAGUCAAUAUGUCUUGCUUACCAAUGUAGCUAGCUAAUGUUCCAGCCCUUACCUUAUGCAUUGAUUCAGUAUACUCCCUCUGUCAAUGCAAUUUUCUUAUUGUCAUUAUAAUCCACAUUUUGCGCUGACUGAUUAUAAGUGUCAAGUUACUUUUCAAUGUAUUCCCUAAAACCUGAAGUUGCCAUCCAAGUAAAAAGUAGCCAGGGGGUGCGGGUGCAACCCAGGUUAAACAACACCAACAUCAUUGCUUGCUUGCGUGACCUUUGCGCAGUCAAAAGAAGACGCCAUGCUUGCUAACUUGGUUAGCUAUGUGACUGUUUUCAACACAACUGUUUUUAGCCUCUCUUUUUGUAUACCAAGCAAGAGAAAUAAAUUUUCAAUCAGUACUGAGUAAAUGAACAACAAAAACAGUGUGCAACAAAAGCUUCCUGUCAUCACCACUGUCCAUUUUUUAAUAGUUUCAAGAUAAGCUAUGAACCCUAUCAUGAACACGUUAACGUCACCGAGAUCUGAAGGUCCUGGGUUUGCCUCUUGGAGGAGACAUUUUGACCAUUUCUCUUUCGUGUAUAGUUUUGACACCCCCCUCCCAACACACACACACACACACACACACCGGCGCACGCACGGUCUGUGCUUAUUUUCACUUAUUAGGUGGCUCUUUUUAAAAGAGCAUCGUUGAGUGGCAAUAGACGGGGAGUGUGUGUGUGUGUGUGUGUGUGCGCGUGUCUUGCUACUACGCGUGUCUUGCUACUACAGAGGAGAGAACGGUGGAGACCAACAGUUUGAGACCGUUUGAAUCUCAAGCAACCUGCCUACACAUUGUUUGAAGUAAAAUAGACCAACAUAGCUGCUGUAGUGGGUCAAAGCUGUGUGCUGGAAAACCUUGGUAGAGUAUGGGUUGAGUAGGCAUUGUGGUGCUCAUGUGAAUUUCCUUUUUUCGGCUUCAGAGCAAUGCCUGACUAAACACAUAUGUACAAAAAGGAAAAAUACCAAACGCAUGCCCAAACUAAAGACUCAUAAACAAACGAAAAGCCUCAUGGCCAUUAAACAAACCCGCAGCGUCAAGGCUUGUAAGCUGGGACACUAACUGACAAUCACCCUAAUUGGCAACACCUAAAGUGCUUAUUAACCAGGCUCAACAUCUGGACAAGGUUGUUGCUGCCACCUGGGGGAAUGGAGUGUGGUAAUGAGCUGUAGUGUGCCGGUUACCUAACCUAUUCCAAUACACAAUGAAACAAUUUUCUUAAAAGGAGUUGUAUCUGGCCGGACAUUUUGGCUCAAUGAUACCAGAAUGGAUAGGGUAAGAGAUCAAUGGAUAGAACAAGGGUGCCGUCAUUGGUGCCUAUUCAAAAAAGCUGAUCAAAUGAAGUGGAUGUUCAUCAAAUCUGUCAUUAUUUAUGUGUUCAAAGAGGCCCACAGUGUGGUUAAAAUCCUAUUUGGAUAUAUUUGGCAGUUUUCACUCCAUAAUAUUUAGAAUUUGUAAUUUUCUGGUUUAGAAAAAGUGACUGCUAAAUGCUAACUCCCGUUCAGAUAAGCUGGUAGCAUAGCUAUCCAUAUAGAAAUCAGUGGUGGAAAGACCCAUGAGGCGGCGCACAAUUGGCCCAGCGUCGUCCGUGUUAGGGGAGGGUUUGGCCGGCCGGGAUGUCCUUGUCCCAUCGCGCUCUAGCCACUCCUUGUGGCGGGCCGGGCACAUGCACACUGACUUCGGUCGCUAGCUGUACGGUGUUUCCUCUGACACAUUGGUGCGGCUGGCUUCCGGGUUUAGCGAGCAGUGUGUCAAGAAACAGUGUGGCUUGCCGGAGUUGUGUUUUGGAGGAUGCAUGGGUCAAGGACCUUGGCAUCUCCCGAGUCCAUAGGGAGUUGCAGUGAUGGGACAAGACUGUAACUACCAAUUGGAUAUCAAAUUGGGGAGAAAAGGGGGUAAAAAAAUAAAUGGAUAAAAUAUACUUAAGUAUCAAAAGUUAAAGUGUAAAUAAUUUCAAAUUCCUUACAUUAAGCAAUUUUCUUUUUUAAAUUUAUGGAUAGCCAGGGGCACACUUCAACAUAAUUUACAAACAAAACGUGUGUUUAGUGAGUCUGCCAGAUCAGAGGCAGAAGGGAUGACCAGGGAUGUUCUCUUGAUAAGUGCAUGAAUUGAACCAUUUUCCUGUCCUGCUAAGCAUUCAACAUGUAACGAAUACUUUUGGGUGUCAGGGAAAGUGUAUGGUGUAAAAAGUACAUUAUUUUCUUUAGGAAUGUAGUGCUGUAAAAGUUGUCAAAUACCCCAAGAAACUACUUAAGUAGGACUUUAAAGUAUUUUACACCACUGUAAAUCAGUGGUGGUAUUUGAAGUUGUUUUUGGGUGUAAUGCAGUUGAUUGGUGACGAUGACAUGAACAUGUAUUGGGGUUGACAUUGGCGCUCUGCUUCCCGAGCCCAACGGACCCCGACAUUAUACAUCAGAUUAGGGCCGGGUAGGGCCUGUUCAAGUCGCUCUGGAUAAGAGAGUCUGCUAAAUGACUAAAAUGUAAAUAUAACUAGGGCACGGGCAGAGCUCGGGUAUCACUAAAUUGACUAACAUUUUGUAGCCGAGCCAUUUGCUCGUGCUUUACUGCGGAUUAUAGUCAUAUCUGAUUUAAGAUCCCAACAUGGUGCCAGAAGUGCUUCAACCUUAUCAAAUAUAAGACAGGAGAGAUUAUUUCACAGAGAAUGUUCCUUGAUGUUUGUCAGAGUUUAGAGUGACAAAGUAGCUAACAGCUAACUGCUCUCAUGUCUCUUCAUUGAGCAGAGCAGCCCAAGCGGAGCCGUUGGUAUGGCGACUGAGACAUCCAUACACGCAUUAUACUCCGAUUUGUACCCCAACAUAAUGUGAAGUACACAUAUAAACACUGGGGAUGGGAGUUGCCAGGGACCUCAUAUAUUAUUACGAUACUUAGAUGCCGAUCUGUAUUGCGACUCUCACGAUUCUAUAUGUAUUGCGAUUUGAUGUUCCAAACAUAUUGCUCACUAUGUCCGCUGCAGAGAGAUGAAAGCGCAUAAGAAAAUUAGUUUUGAUCAGUCAUGGAAAUAAAAGUGCUGAAAACAUGUUGGCUGCCUAUUUAAAAAGAUGGAGAACAAGCUAUAGGAUGAAAAAUACCGGUGUAUUGGCGCAGGCACAACCGACUAGCACUAGCUAACGCUACCUAGCAAAAGGAGUCAAAGUUUCGGUAUAAUAUUGUUCAAAAUAAUAUUGAGAUAUGCAAGUAUCGAUUGUAUAACAAACCCAAAAACAAUAGCCUAAAUGCAUAUUUUGAUGGCCGGCAUUGAGGAGAUUUUGGAUCUAUCCCCCAAGGGAGGACGCGCGCAUGACAUUUCCAUGAUGUUUCCAUGACGUGUCCAUUGUUUUGUUCGAACUCUUACUUGAUCUAGGUGGUUUGAGUGGUUGAAACCGACCUGUCUUGUUUCUGCAGUAAAAGAAUGCGUGAAUAACCUGAGCCACGAGGAUGACGAGGAGAAGCUGAUGGCGUCACUGUGGGGAGCCGAGAGGUGUCUACGGGUGUUGGAGAGCGUGAGUACACACACUAAUAUCUUGGACAACACUUCUGACCACCAGAAGGCUGAAUUCCUAAUCGGGGUCAGGAGCCCCGCUCAUCGCACUUCCUAGAUAUUAUUUAAUGUCAGUUAUAAAGUAUCAAUGGGAAACAUUGAUCUUAGUAACAGCUGCUCAUGCCUCCUAAGCCUACAGUUGUGCUCGGUUUCACCCUCAGCCCGAGUACAGAGUGUAGGUUUAGAUUGCAGGUUUGCUGGGGUUAGAUUAGUGUAUGUGUGCUGACCUCGGCACUAAGCCUGCGCUUAUUGAUCAACUCAGUCAGUGAAUCCAGUGGGAGUCUCCUAGAGGGGCUCUGUGAGCAGUUAUGUGUUCACUUGAUUUGAGAUUAAGUGUGGUAUUCCAUGUAUAAUUCUGUUGUUGCUCUGUGCAGGUAACUGUUCACAACCCAGAGAACCAGGGUUACCUGAUCGCUUAUAAGGACUCUCAGCUUAUCUGCUCUUCAGCCAAGUAAGUGGCCUGUAUGGACACACACACACACACACACACACACACACACUGUGUGUUGUGCAUUAAGCUCCAGACUGUGUAUUGCAUAUAGCACCUGUAUCGUCAGACAAGCGUCUCAUUGAGAGGUUGCGUGGUCAACCUGUUCCCAACAUAGUGGCCCUGGUCAAAAGUUGUGCACUAUAUAAGGAAUAGGGUGCCAUUUUGGAUGCACACCAUAUAGUGGAUCACAAACGCCCACAGAAUUCACAUAAGUCUUCUUUGGCUACAGAAAUGCACCUGACUCUUCACCGACACUACGUUGUAUUACAAGGGUAAUUCAUGUACAAAAGUGUCUAUAUUCAGCUCUAUGAGAAACGUCUGUUUUCAUUAUGCUGUGUGUGUUCCAGUUUCCACGUUUUGACAUUGUCAAUCACAGCAUUCCCCCCUCGCCCUACUCCUAUGCCUGUCUGUAAAGCAAACUCCACCACGUCUCCAUCUCCCUUUCAAUAUCAACCCCCCCCCACCCCCCCCCUCGUAAGGUUCAGCCACCGCCCAAUCGUUCCAGUGCCCCACCCCCCUCCGCCCCUCAUCCCGCCACAGCCACUUAUCUGUUCAAAGUCUUCCGUCUUUAUAACUGAAUUAGCCCUGUCCCAGGCAGGGUGCGUUGCCUGCAGCCGGGGCCCUGGCCUCCCUUGAUCUGGUUCCUAACCCCUGCCUCACCCGUGGUUAAUACCCUUGCACCCCCAGCCAGGAGGCCUCUCCGACUGGGUCAACAAAGAGCCGCUCUCACAUUGCACACAGCGGCAUCACUAGCCGCAUUCAGCCGGCCGCGCUAAUUCAAUUACGGGGGGAGAAAUCAGAGGGGUCGAGCCACACAGCAGCACACAGCAGCUCAGAGGCCCUCAUUAACAGCCCCCCCUCCCCCUAAUAUAAUAAAUGAACUCUGCCUCUGCUCUUCUCUCUGCCUUAACGGAUGAUCCCCCAUUAUUUCAAAUCUCAUUAUUUUGUAUAUUUUGCAUGAAGCUGUUUUGCUGCUAGUUAGCCAUGCUGCAGGCGUGCGCGUCUGUUGCUAACCUUUUUAUGGUUAAAUUCACCCUCCGUUCUCUCCCGCUUCGCACUGCCCUUUAAAAUGUAUUGUCGUAGAUGCUGUCUGCCUAAUGGUGUAGGCGUAUGUUAAAAAAUAUAUAUACCCCAAACAAUACUGAGCUAUAUUGUAGGCUCCAAAAAAUUGGGAAAAUAUAUUAUUUUAGACUAAUACAAUUGCUCAGAUAAAAAUAUAAUACAACAUUUUUUAUAAUGGAGUCGAAUGUUUUAAGUAUUUGAUGCCAUAUUCCUAGCAUGCAAUGAAUAUAUCAAGCUUGUGACUCUACAAACUUGUUGGAUGCGUUUGCAGUUCAUUUUAGUUGUUUCACAUUAUUUUGUGCCCAAUCGAAAUGAAUGAUAAAUAAUAUAUUGUCUCUUUUAUUGUAAAUAGGAAUAUAAUGUUUCUAAACAACUUCUACAUUCAUGUGGAUGCUACCAUGGUUACAGAUAAGUUAGAGGGUCAAAGAUACCCCCAAGACAUGCUAACCCUCCCCUUGUAAUGGUGAGAGGUUAGCAUGUCUUGGGGGUAUGGUCUUUGACCCUCUUAACUUUCUCACUCGUCAUUAUUCACAAAUCAUUCAGGAUUAUCUGUAAUCAUGGUAGCAUCCACAUUAAUGUAGAGUUGUUUAUAGAAACAUUAUUAUAUUCUUAAUUGCAAUAAAAGUGACUCCAAAAUUACACAUUAUUUACCAUUCAUUUCUAUUGGGCACAAAAUAAUCUGAAACACAACCAAAACAAACUGAAAAUGCAUCCAAGAAGUUUGUAGAGUCACAUACUUGAUGUAGUCAUUGCGUGCUAGGAAUAUGGCAUCGAAUACUAAACUUUUGACUACUUUAUUUAGACGAAUAUUUAGGGGUGUCUAAUUUUGACCUCUGCCUUUAAUUUUUUUUCUCUCAAAAUUCUCUUUCUCUGAGCAAUUGUAUUAGUAUACAAUAAUAUAAUUUCCCCUUUUUUGAGCAUAGAUCAGUAUUUGGAAUUAUUUAUUUUACACAGUCAUUAUGGCUCAUCUUUAUCAAGGGUGUCAAUAAUUUAAGAACCCACUGUAUUAUGUAAAGAGACACAAUGGAAACGUGUGUUAUUGCUUUCAAAUAAUUUCAUACCAGUUUUUCAUUUGUUUACAAGCACUACCUUUUUCCACGUUGGCUGAAUAAUACAAAAACCCAAUAGGAAAAAUUGUUGCCCUGAAUACUUUUUAAUGCUUGUUUGCCAGACGCACUCUGCCGUUGUGGUAGUGUUUAAUUCAGUAUGAAGUCCCUCGAGAGCCGGCUUCCAGACCCUUUCAGUCCAUUCUGUCAGCCAAACAAUCCUCCCAUCAAGUAUUAAGGCUAUUAUCUCCCAGCACAACAUCAGCAUUCUAAAAGUUCAAUGCUGAAAUAUGAGAAUCCUCAAACUUGAAUAGACAUAAGGGGCCUUAAAUGGAAAUGAGCUAUAUAGCUGACUACCUCUGGUUCAGUACUGAUGUUAUGUUUGCUUGUUCCUUGGUAUAUAAACUAAUGUAUAACCAAUUUUUCCCUGUGUGUUGUUGACAGGGCCCUGUGGCACUGUGAGGAGAUGAUCCAGCGCUACAGCCGGGAGACGGGAGUGAACAGCGCCUUGUGUUCGGCGGGCACCGCCCUGCCCUACGCCAGCCACAGCAACGUGGGCAAGGCCGUGGAGGACUGCAUGAGGGCCAUCAUCGGCGUGCUGCUUAACCUAACCCACGACAAUGGUGAGAGAGACACGCACUUCAAUAUAGACGCACACACACUCCGUGGCCAAAUGGCCUCUCACACAGUAUCAUCUGGACACAGAAUGAGCAGAGCGUGCCACUGCAGUGGACAGAAAAUGAUUAUGGUUAUUUGAGGACAUUAGCAUACCUACACUAUCUUGGGCACUGGGCGGCACUCACCGCUCAUUCAUAGAAGUGUGUUAAUGGUUUUAAUAUGACACCUAAACAAAUUAGUCUUCCAAAAAAUGUGUUAUGCACAUACAGUGCAUUCAGAAAGUAUUCAGACCCCUUGACUUUUUCCACAUUUUGUUACGUUACAGCCUUAUUCUAAAAUGGAUUAAAUUGUUUUUUCCCCCCCCUCAUCAAUCUGCACACAAUACCCUAUAAUGACAAAGCAAACAGGUUUUUAGACAUUUUUGCAAAUGUAUUAAAAAUAUAAACGGAAAUAUUUACAUAAGCAUUCAGACCCUUUACUCCGUACUUUGUUGGAGCACAUUUGGCAGCGAUUACAGCCUCGAGUCUUCUUGGGUAUGACGCUACAAGCUUGGUAUACCUUUAUAUGGGAAGUUUCCUCCCAUUAUUCUCUGCAGAUCCUCUCAAGCUCUGUCAGGUUAGAUGGGGAGUGUCGCUGCACAGCUAUUUUCAGGUCUCUCCAGAGAUGUUCGAUCGGGUUCAAGUCCAGGCUCUGGCUGGGCCACUCAAGGACAUUCAGAAACUUGUCCCGAAGCCACUUCCUGCGUUGUCUUGGCUGUGUGCUUAGGGUCAUUGUCAUGUUGGAAGGUGAACCUUACAUUUGACAUUUUAGUCAUUUAGCAGACUCUCUUAUCCAGAGCAUCUUACAGUUAGUGAGUGCAUACAUUUUCAUACUGGCCCUCCAUGGGAAACGAACCCACAACCCUGGCGUUGCAAGCGCCAUGCUCUACCAACUGAGCUACAGGGGACUACCUUCGCCCCAGUCUGAGGUCCUGAGCACUCUGAAGCAGGUUUUCAUCAAGGAUCUCUAUGUACUUUGCUCCGUUCAUCUUUCCCUCAAUCCUGACUAGUCUCACAGUCCCUGCCGCUGAAAAACAUCCCCACAGCAUGAUGCUACCACCACCAUGCUUCAGCUUAGGGAUGGUGCCUGGUUUCCUCCAGACGUGACACUUGGCAUUCAGGCCAAAUAAUUCAAUCUUGGUUUCAUCAGACCAGAUAAUCUUGUUUCUCAUGGUCUGAGAGUCCUUUAGGUGCCUUUUGGCAAACUCCAAGUGGGCUGUCAUGUGCCUUUUACUGAGGAGUGGCUUCCGUCUGGCCACUUUACCAAAAAGGCCUGAUUGGUGGAGUGCUGCAGAGAUGGUUGUCCUUCUGGAAGGUUCUCCCAUCUCCACAGAAUAAAUCUGGAGCUCUGUCAGAGUGACCAUCGGGUUCUUGGUCACCUCCCUGUUCGAGGCCCUUCUCCCCCGAUUGCUCAGUUUGGCCGGGCGGCCAGCUCUAGGAAGAGUCUUGGUGGUUUCAAACUCCUUCCAUUUAAGAAUGAUGGAGGCCACUGUGUUCUUGGGGACCUUCAAUGCUGCAGAAAUUUUUUGGUACCCUUCCCCAGAUCUGUGCCUCGACACAAUUCUGUCUCUGAGCUCUACGGACAAUUCCUUCGACGUCAUGGCUUGGUUUUGGCGCUGACAUGCACUGUCAACUGUGGGACCUUAUAUAGACAGGUUUUGUGCCUUUCCAAAUCAUAUCCAAUCAAUUGAAUUUACCACAGGUGGACUCCAAUCAUGUUGUAGAAACAUAAUAAUAAUAAUAAUAAUAAUAUACCAUUUAGCAGACGCUUUUAUCCAAAGCGACUAACAGUCAUGUGUGCAUACAUUUUUACGUAUGGGUGGUCCCGGGGAUCGAACACACUACCCUGGCGUUACAAGCGCCAUGCUCUACCAAUUGAGCUACAGAGGACCACGGAUAAUCAAUGGAAACAGGAUGAUCAAUGGAAACAGGAUGCACCUGAGCUCAAUUUCGAGUCUCAUAACAAAGGGUCUGAAUACUUAUGUAAAUAAGGUAUUUCAGUUUUUUUAUUUUGAAUAAAUGUGCAGACAUUUCUAAAAACCUGUUUUUGCUUUGUCAUUAUGGGGUAUUGUGUGUAGAUUGAGGGAAACAUUUUAUUUAAUCCAUUUUAGAAUAAGGCUGUAACGUAACAAAAUGUGGUUAAGGGGAAGGGGUCUGAAUACUUUCUGAAUGCACUGUAAUGGUUGAGGUCCCAUAGUGACUGUGUUCUACCCCCUGUGUGUGGCUGUAGAGUGGGGAAGCACGAAGACCGGUGAGCAGGAGGAUAUGAUGAUGACAUCGUUGAACUGUGUGCUCCGGGUCCCACAGUACCUUCCUCAGGAGAGAAGGUUCGACAUCCGCGUACUGGUGAGUGUCAUCAUUAUCCUAGUAUCAAGUGGAAUCCAUGGCUUUGGUUAGAUAGGAUUCCAGGGCACCAUAUUUAUAAAGUGUCUUCGGAGUAGGAGAUCUAGGAGCAGGUUUCCCCUGUCCAUAUAAUUGUAUUAAUUGUGAUCUAAAAAGGCAAAACUGAUCCUAGAUCGACACUGAAAACGCUGAGAUGCUUUGACUUCCUUGAGUUUUCAUGUUAUGUUUGGGCCCCAGUUCUAUUGUGUGAAUCUUAACCACUCUGACAGGCAUUGUCAGCAUUCCUCUGUGAAGAACUUGCUCAAAUAUGUUUAAAUUGACUUAGUUGAUAGAUUAGGGUACUUUGAAUCUAGGGGACUAUAUUGGACGGCGUAUGUGUGUAUGUCCAUUUUCAUGUGUGGUUGUCUCUGCGUCCCAAAUGGCAACCAUAUUCCCUUUUAAAGGGGCAACCGGCAGUUGAAACAAUAACAAAGCCUGUUCCCUAUUUUGGUAAAAAGCUGAGGGAUGGGGCUGUAGAAAUGGAACAACUAUCAAAUUCUGAGCUAAGGAUACAAGGACUUGACCAUCCAUGAUAUCAAAAUUAUAGUUUUAGGCUUGAAAGUGUUUGAAAACAAAGUAAAUGUAAACAAACAUUGGGGUAAAACAAGCUUUUAAUUUGGGUUCUGAUGGUGAUACGACAGUUAAACUAAUAAGCUCAUGAGGUGUUAAGAAGUUAAAUUCUUCAAGAAUCAAUGGGCACAUCAGUCAUUUAUAAGUCAACAAAUGUAUUUAGCAACUGCAGAUUCCCCCUUUUAAAGUGCACUGCUUUUGACCAGGGCCCACACGCCCUAUAUAGGGAAUAGGGUGUCAUUUGGGACUCAACUUGUGUGCGCAGGGUCUGGGUCUUGAUGACAGUACUCUGAGUGUGUGUGUGUGUAGGAGUGUGUAUUUCUCCGGUCUGAAGUGUGAUGGUUCUCCAGGGUCUGGGUCUGCUGAUCAACCUGGUGGAGUACAGUGCCAGGAACCGCUACUGCCUGGUAGAGAUGGCGAUGGAUGGAGGAGCUCCCUUCAACUCUGUCCUGGUGGCUGACAAAGAGGACCUCAAGACGGAAGGAUCGCUCACCGCCAUUGCUGCCCUGGUGCAGGUGGGUUAGAGAGUGGGUGUGAAGAGUGUAUGGGUGAGUGUGAAGAGUGGGUGUGUGUGAAUGGUGUAUGUGUGGGUGUGAAGGGGGUGUGUGUGUUCAUAGGUUGUAUAGAGACCUCGUACACUUCAAAGAGCAAUAAUACGAUCUCAUAGAUAUGGAAUAAUAUAUAGUAUUAUUGGAAUUAUUUAUAUACAGUCAUGUGAAAAAGUAAGUACACCCCCAGGAAAGUGGUAUUUAAAAAAAAAUGUAUAUUUGAACACAUGGAUAUUUGAGCUAAAUUCCCACCACAUUCAUUGAUAAAGUUAACCCAAUUUAACAAAUCACACAAAAAAAAAAUAACUUUGAAAAUGUUAUGCAAUUAAAAUAAACAAGAAUGCCUUUUCCUUAUGCGGGAAACAGGUGCAAAUGAUUAGAAAAUAAUAAACUUAGGAGGGUCCAGCCUUCCAUAAAGAUUAGAAACUUUGUCUGGUUUGGUCUGAACCAUAUGGGUGUGUGGUAACACAUCAUGCCAAGAUUAAAAUACCUACCCGAGGCCCUCAGAAGAAAGAUUAUUGAUGCCCAUGAGUCUGGGAGGGGUUACAAAUCAAUUUCCAAGCAAUUCGAAGUACAUCAUUCCACUCUCCGACGGCUCAUCUACAAAUUGAGAAAAUUCCAGACCACUGGCAAUCUACCUAGGACAGGUCGUCCCAUCAAAUUCAGCCCGAGAGCUGACUGAAAGAUGCUCCUAGAAUUCUCUAAGAACCCCAGGGUAACAUCAAAGGAUCUACAGGCCCCUUUUGCCACAAUCAAUGUCGAAGUGCAUGAGUCAACUGUCAGAGACUGCACAAACUUGGCCUACAUGGGAGGUCAGGAAGGAAGAAGCCUCUACUCUCAAAAAAGAAUAUCAAGACACGACUGACGUUUGCCAGACAACACCUGGCUAAAGACCAAAACUACUGGAACAAUGUGCUCUGGACAGAUGAGUCAAAGGUGGAGUUGUUUGGUCGCAAUGCCAGACGCCAUGUUUUUCGAAAACGAAACACUGCCUUUGAACAGAAGAACCUUAUACCAACUGUAAAGCAUGGAGGCGGUGAUAUUAUGGUUUGGGGCUGCUUUACUGCCUCAGGGCCUGGUCAACUUGCCAUCAUUGAGUCAACCAUGAAUUCUAUAUUGUACCAGAUAAUUCUUGAGGAGAAUGUGAGGCCAUCUGUCAAAAAGCUGAAGCUGAACCGAACAUGGGUCUUGCAACAGGACAAUGAUCCGAAACACAAAAUCAAAGCUACAACAGAAUGGCUCAAAAAUAAGAAAUGGAGGGUUAUGGAAUGGCCGAGUCAAAGCCCAGAUCUCAGUCCUAUCGAAAUGCUGUGGGGGGACUUGAAGCGGGCCGUGCACGCAAGAAAGUGCACGCAAGAAAUCCUUCGAACAUGACACAGUUGAAGCAGUACUGUAAAGAAGAGUGGGCAAAAAUUCCUCCCAGUCAGUGUAAUAGACUGAUAGACAGUUACAAGAAACAUCUACAUUAAGUUAUUUCAGCCAAAGGGGGCAACACAAGCUAUUGAUGCGAGGGGUGUACUUGUUUUUCCGCACUAUGGAAUUUCAUUUCUGUUGAUUUUUGAUGAAUAAAUGAUUGCAAAGUAUAAUCUUUCAGUGUCAUUUGUUAAAUUAGGUUACCUUUCUGUCAAUAGUGUUGAAGUGAAGAUUACAUAUCCAUCUGUCCAAAUAUGUAAAAAAAAAAAAGAAAAGAAAAAAAGACUUCCAGGGGGUGUACUCAUAUGACUGUGUGUGUAUAUAUUUUUUAUUUAUUUAACCUUUACUUAACUAGGCAAGUCAGUUAAGAACAAAUUCUUAUUUACAAUGACGGCCUACCCCGGCCAAACCCGGAUGAUGCUGGGCCAGUUGUGCGCCGCCCUAUGGGACUCCCAAUCACGGGCGGAUUGUGAUGCAGCCUGCAAUCGAGCCAGGGUCUAUAGUGACGCUUCUAGUAGUGACGCCUCAAGCACUGAGAUGCAGUUCCUUAGACCGCUGCGCCACUCGGGAGAUGUGUGUGUGUGUGUGUGUGUGUGUGUAUAUAUAUAUAUAUAUAUAUAUAUAUAUAUAUAUAUAUACACACACACACACACAGUGAGGGGAAAAAAGUAUUUGAUCCCCUGCUGAUUUUGUACGUUUGCCCACUGACAAAGACAUGAUCAGUCUAUCAUUUUAAUGGUAGGUUUAUUUGAACAGUGAGAGACAGAAUAACAACAAAAACAUCCAGAAAAACGCAUGUCAAAAAUGUUAUUUCCCUCAUUAAAAUGCAAAUACAUUUAUAAGUAUUUCACCCCUUCUGCAAAACAUGACUUAGUACUUGGUGGCAAAACCCUUGUUGGCAAUCACAGAGGUCAGACGUUUCUUGUAGUUGGCCACAAGGUUUGCACACAUCUCAGGAGGGAUUUUGUCCCACUCCUCUUUGCAGAUCUUCUCCAAGUCAUUAAGGUUUCGAGGCUGACGUUUGGCAACUCCAACCUUCAGCUCCCUCCACAGAUUUUCUAUGGGAUUAAGGUCUGGAGACUGGCUAGGCCACUCCAGGACCUUAAUGUGCUUCUUCUUGAGCCACUCCUUUGUUGCCUUGGCCGUGUGUUUUGGGUCAAUGUCAUGCUGGAAUACCCAUCCACAACCCAUUUUCAAUGCCCUGGCUGAGGGAAGGAGGUUCUCACCCAAGAUUUGACGGUACAUGGCCCCGUCCAUCGUCCCUUUGAUGCGGUAAAGUUGUCCUGUCCCCUUAGCAGAAACACACCCCCAAAGCAUAAUGUUUCCACCUCCAUGUUUGACGGUGGGGAUGGUGUUCUUGGGGUCAUAGGCAGCAUUCCUCCUCCUCUAAACACGGCGAGUUGAGUUGAUGCCAAAGAGCUCGAUUUUGGUCUCAUCUGACCACAACACUUUCACCCAGUUCUCCUCUGAAUCAUUCAGAUGUUCAUUGGCAAACUUCAGAUGGGCCUGUAUAUGUGCUUUCUUGAGCAGGGGGAUCUUGCGGGCACUGCAGGAUUUCAGUCCUUCACGGCGUAGUGUUUUACCAAUUGUUUCUUGGUGACUAUGGUCCCAGCUGCCUUGAGAUCAUUGACAAGAUCCUCCCGUGUAGUUCUGGGCUGAUUCCUCACCGUUCUCAUGAUCAUUGCAACUCCACGAGGUGAGAUCUUGCAUGGAGCCCCAGGCCGAGGGAGAUUGACAGUUAUUUUGUGUUUCUUCCAUUUGCGAAUAAUCGCACCAACUGUUGUCACCUUCUCGCCAAGCUGCUUGGCGAUGGUCUUGUAGCCCAUUCCAGCCUUGUGUAGGUCUACAAUCUUGUCCCUGACAUCCUUGGAGAGCUCUUUGGUCUUGGCCAUGGUGGAGAGUUUGGAAUCUGAUUGAUUGAUUGCUUCUGUGGACAGGUGUCUUUUUUACAGGUAACAAGCUGAGAUUAGGAGCACUCCCUUUAAGAGUGUGCUCCUAAUCUCAGCUCGUUACCUGUAUAAAAGACACCUGGGAGCCAGAAAUCUUUCUGAUUGAGAGGGGGUCAAAUACUUUUCUGGAUUUUUUUCAAAUAAACCUAACAUUAAAAUUAUAGACUGAUCAUGUCUUUGUCAGUGGGCAAACGUACAAAAUCAGCAGGGGAUCAAAUAUUUUUUCCCUCACUGUGUAUAUAUAUAUACACACACACACACACACACACACACACACACACACACACACACAGUCAAAAGUUUGGACACCUACUCAUUCCAGGCUUUUUCUUUAUCUUUACUAUUUUCUACAUUGUAGAAUAAUAGAGAAGACAUCAAAACUAUGAAAUAACACAUGGAAUCAUGUAGUAACCAAAAAAGUGUUAAACAAAUCAAAAUAUGUUAUAUUUCAAAUUAGCCACCCUUUGCCUUGAUGACAGCUUUGCACACUCUUGGCAUUCACACGUGAAGGUCAGUCAAUCCGGAAAAGUGCAGUCGCAAAAACCAUCAAGCGCUAUGAUGAAAGGAAAGGAAGACCCAGAGUUACCUCUGCUGCGGAGGAUAAGUUAAUUAGAGUUACCAGCCCAAAUAAAUGCUUCACAGAGUUCAAGUAACAGACACAUCUCAACAUCAACUGUUCAGAGGAGACUGCGUGAAUCAGGCCUUCAUGGUCGAAUUGCUGCAAAGAAACCACCAACUAAAGGACACCAAUAAGAAGAAGAGACUUGCUUGGGCCAAGAAACACGAGCAAUGGACAUUCGACCUGUGGAAAUCUGUCCUUUGGUCUGAUGAGUCCAAAUUUGAGAUUUUUGGUUCCAACUGCUGUGUCUUUGUGAGAUGCAGAGUAGGUGAACGGAUGAUCUCCACAUGUGUGGGUUCCCACCGUGAAGCAUGGAGGAGGAGUGUUAUCGUGUGGGGGUGCUUUGCUAGUGACACUGUCUGUGAUUUAUUUAGAAUUCAAGGCACACUUAACAAGCAUGGCUCCCACAGCAUUCUGCAGCAAUACACCAUACCAUCUGGUUUGCACCUAGUGGGACUAUCAUUUGUUUUUCAACAGGAUAAUGGCCCAACACACCUCCAGACUUUAAGGGCUAUUUGACCAAGAAGGAGAGUGAUGGAGUGCUGCAUCAGAUGACCUGGCCUCCACCAUCACCCGACCUCAACCCAAUUGAGAUGGUUUGGGAUGAGUUGGACCGCAGAGUGAAGGAAAAGCAGCCAACAAGUGCUCAGCAUAUGUGGGAACUCCUUCAAGACUGUUGGAAAAGCAUUCCAGGUGAAGCUGGUUGAGAGAAUGCCAAGAGUGUGCCAAGCUGUCAUCAAGGCAAAGGGUGGCUGCUUUGAAGAAUCUCAAAUAUAAAAUAUAUUUCGAUUUGUUUAUCACUUUUUUUUGGUUACUACAUGAUUCCAUAUGUGUUAUUUCAUAGUUUUGAUGGCUUCACUAUUAUUCUACAAUGUUGAAAAUAGUAAAAAUAAAGAAAAACCCUAGUAGGUGUUCUAAAACUUUUGACUUGUAGUGUACAUGUACAUAUUACCUCAACUACCUCGUACCCCUGCACAUUGACUCUGUACUGGUACUCCUUGUAUAUAGCCUCGUUAUUGUAAUUUUGUGUUACUAUUUCCUUAUUUUUUUGUGUGCAACAUUCUUACUUUUUAACUCUGCAUUGUUGGAAAAUGGUCGCAAGUAAGCAUUUAACUGUCAAGUCUACACCUGUUGUAUUCGGCGCAAUUGACAAGUAAAAAUUGAUUGGAUUGUUUUAAUGGAUGAACUGAUCACUGAUUCCAUGCAAAUGCAACCCUUUCUGACCCGUACGUGUUCGUGCCCUCAGCUCUUCCUCCAGCGGGAGCAAGCGGCCAUAGCGGCGGAGGCCGAGACGGAUGACUUCAUCAACGACGUGCCCAAGCCCAAGCUGGACCAGAGCGGCGAGUGGCAGGAGUCGGGUGGCGAGAUCCAAUGGGUGGCCUCGGAGAACAAUAACGCCAACGCCAUCAGCGAGAAGGAGAAGGCCAAGAAGGAGGAGGAGGAGGAGGAAAUAGACCUUACCAAAGGUAAUGACCUACCUGGUUAAAUAAAGCCUAAACAAAGCUAACAGAGUCUAAUGUAAUAGAUGCAUAAUGGCGACUAGGUAACUCUGAAAAUAGAUUAAGAAGAACCCAUGUUUUGGAUUAUAGGUUAGGAGCUGAAUUGGUUAUUCUAUGAAUAUUUUGCCGACUGACACUUUCUCCUCCUCCCUCCAUCCCUUCCUCCUGCAGCUCUUCAGCAUGCUGGAAAGCACAUGGAGGACAGCAUCGUGGCCUCUUACACUGCACUGCUACUGGGCUGUCUCUGUCAGGGGAGUCCGGUAAGGACGCACCCUGACACUCGCACUGCAGGCUCUGACUGGCAUGGCUGCCCUACAUAAUCAAAUCAAAUGUUAUUUAAAUUGCAGUUAAAAGUGGAACACAUUUUACUGGAAAUAAUUAGAAUGAUAAAAACACAAGCAAUAGGCAAUAAGAGAUGAAUAAAGGAACGUAAAUCAUUUCUAUAAUUACAGUCAAAUCAUUGAUCCCUUCUCUACACAACACUGUCUAACCCUGAACCGAUGCAGCCCUUCAUGUUGAAGCAAUGAGACGAGGCCACAUCACAUAAUGGGUCCCCUAGUUUGGCCUUGUUCACUAGACACGCAGACUUUACAUGACAUUUUGGCCAUUUAUCCAGAGGUAGGUAAGACUAACGAAUCCAUUGUGUACGGACACACAUAGCCAGUGCUGAGUUGGCGCCAUUAUGUAUGUCUGACUAGGCUGUUGUUUUCCAAUGUACCCAACGUGCACUUCAAAUACCCACAUCACCAUUUAAACAGACUCGUCUGCGACGCCUCGUUCGAACAUUGGUAAUAAACAUCCGUCAUCUGUCAUUUUUAAACCUCUCUCAGGGACCAUCAAUGGUUGCCUUCAAAAUUGCCGUCUUAAAAGUUUCACGGCCGACUAUCGAAAGGAAAAUAAAAGCUGUGAUAAUGUUUUUCCGCCUUUAAUGGCCAUUUCUUUUUUGAAGAUGUUAUUAGCGAUCCAAUGAUGCCUUGAGAGCUUAGUGCAUCUCUAGUAAUGGACUUUCUCUAACUGAGUAUCCCAAUGGGCAGUUAGGUUGUGAUUGAUGUGCCAUGGACGUUAUCUCUGAUAAACCUGUACCAGUCCCAGGCUGUAGCUUUAAUCUGGACAGGGCUCUCUGUUCUAUCUCGUAAAUGUCACGCCUCAGACUUUAGACAAGACUUUUGUCUUAAAACAAAAUGGCUGUGGCCUGGCUGGUCUAGCGGUCUAAGCCACUUCGUGCCUGUAAAACACGUACUGCUGCCAGAAUGGGUUCAAAUCCGGCUCGUUCUUUCAGCGCUCUCUCUCUCCAACUUUAAAUCGCUACCUCUGUCCUCUAAUAAGAACAAAAACAUAUAUCAAACAUAAAAUCAAAACAAAAAAACUGGUUGGCUUCACUACAAGGACUGGACAAGUUCCAAUGAAUGAAUUCCGAAGUUUUAGCCUAAACUAACUGAAUACUGCUUUUAAGAGAGGGAACACCAGAGAGAUGGACGGCUGAGUGUACUUGAAAGCAGUGGACCGGCCAUCCUAGCGCCUCUGACCACAGAACAUCGGACAUCAUUUAAUUUUCCCGAUGAUUCUACAUUUUCGAUCACCACCGUUAGUCGACACCCAGCGUGUGAUCUACUGCGCACGGCCAACCUUGGUUAUGGUGGUUACGGUUCUGGUGCGUCUUCCCUCGAAGAGAUGAUUUGAACAUAAUGGGGAUUCGUUUUAUCACUAUAAUUACUGUUCACUGACAUUCUACAGCUGCCUGUUGUGGUUUAUGUCAUCAGAGAUUGGACAUGUGAGUAGAACUAACAAAGGUUUCAGUUCUGAUUCAUAGUCUUCUCUUUCAGAUGAAUGUGACUACUGUGAGGGAAAGCCUGCCCAAAGGAGAUUUCUCAAUAAUGACAGAAAUGCUCAAGAAGUUCCUCAAUUUCAUGAAUCUUACAGUAAGUUCUCUCACAUUUAAAACAUAAAAGGUCUGUUUUUAAAGGUCUUUAUUGUGGCUUCUUUAUUGUGUCAUUGAGCUUGUACAGGCUAAUGAGUAGUAUCCCUGUCUGGUUCCUGUAGCCUUAUGUCUAAAUAGGGAUGUUGUGUGGAGAAUGCUUCAAUGUGUGUGGUAACUGACCUCUGCUCCCUCCCUCUCACCCACCCUCCCUCUCUCCAUAGUGUGAUGUGGGCACCGCAGGGCAGAAGUCCAUCUCUCGGGUCAUUGACUAUCUGGAGCACUGUUAG